UAUGCUAUCAGAAACCAUUAUUUUGAUAAAUUCCAACGAUUUAAAUCACAUCUGGUGUCCAUCCUCAAAGGUAGUUUGAGGUGUCGUUUGUGAAGUAAUGGAUAUUUGUAAAUGGGUUUAACCUAUGCAUAUUGGUUGAUCAAAAUCGUCGUGCAAAACCAUGACACUUUAGUUGAGCAACACAUAGAUGGAAACGGACGUUGCAGCAUAGCGGAUAAUAUAUUAUUAAGAAUGUGCACGGUUUAAUUGCGAGUAAUGGCGACCCGCAUUCGACUUAAACAUCAAGCUGCAAUCCUCGUUAUUGGCGUUUUUCUGAUAUUCGUCUGGCGCCUCUAUUCAAGAAGCAUCAUACAAAUCGGUUUGCCUGCCUAUUCUACGGAAAGGCAAGAAGAAGUUCUAUUCGAACAAAUUAAGUAUAUAAAGUCCAUUGACGAGGUGAAUAGCAUACUUGCAUCGUCUGCUAGCAGCGGUCAAACAUUUAGUGGAAACCCCCUUCGAAAAUUUAAUCCCAAUGAUAUUAAAUUUAGAAACAAACGGUACCCAGACCUACAGGCGGAUCCUGGUAAAACGUUUAAGUGCAAGAGAUGGGCGGUCCUUACAACAAUAUUUACUCCGCCUUCAGAAGCUGUUCGCCGUUUCCUGUAUAUGAAGAAUUGGUGUGUUGUAAUUGUGGGUGACAAAAAUAAGCCAGUAGGAUAUGUGUUGGCAUCAACAAUGACUUUUCGAAACAUAAUAUUUUUGAGUGACAGUGACCAAAAUAAAAUGAAUUCAAAGUUUGUUGACAGCCUACCGUGGCAAAGUUUUGGACGAAAAAACGUCGGAUAUUUAUAUGCAAUCGCCCACGGUGCUCACGUCAUUUGGGAUUUCGAUGACGACAAUAUGCUAAAGUUUUGGAUCGAAGGAGCUAGUCCAUCUGACAGAUUGUGGGUUGAAAAUUUCUCGGAUCUCAAAUUAGAUAAAUUCUAUAGCAUUCCACUGUCUUUAGUUACUUCAGGAUUAAGUUCGGCAUCCACUGGAAGUGCACAGCUAUUUAACCCGUAUCCCAUACUAGGGGCGCCUAGCAACAUCUGUUGGCCACGCGGGUUCCCUCUUACACUUAUACGUAAGUCAUCCGAUCAAGGUCACUUCAAGUUGAACUUGGUUGAAGAAAACAUAGAAAAGACAGUAAAUAACAUUGGUGUCCUUCAGUCUCUUGCCGACCAUGAACCUGACGUAGACGCACUGUACAGGUUAACACAGGGUACGCCAUUUACUUUCAAGCGCCCAGCAAAAGGUUCUGACACUAAGCUAAUACAUUUGCUUUCCAAAGGAGUGUACAGUCCGUUUAACGCACAGGCCACUCUGCAUUUCAGAAAUGCGUUUUUAGCUUUAUAUUUACCAGUAACCGUUCCUGGCCGGGUUUCGGAUAUUUGGAGAAGUUACCUAGCACAAGCUUUACUUUCUCUUCACAACAUAACCAUUGGAUUCUUACCAAGACCAAUCGUGGAUCAGGACCGAAAUUAUCAUUCAUUACUCGCUGACUUAGAAUCAGAAUUCGCUUUGUAUACUGAGACUAAUGCUUUGGUAGCGUUUUUAGAUGAAUGGCGAACAAACAAGACCAUUGCCGGUGACAGCGAGUUGCGUUCAUUGGAGGAUUUAUUAGAGGAAUUAUAUAUAGAAACGUACGAACGGGGAUUCAUUGAGAUUGAUGACGUAUUGCAUAUUCAAAAUUGGAUACUAGCUUUUGGAUCAGUUCGUUUAAAUUCUUUUUCUACAGAAAGAAGGAAUACAAAGCAAUACAAACGAGUUGAUGGAUAUAUAAUUGACCGCGAAAUAAUAAAUAUAGAUGUAGGUAAAUCAAUUAUUGUAUCAGAAAGUGUCGAACCGGAGGAGUGCACAACUAUAAAGAAUCGGGCAACUAAUAUAACAUUUUGGACCUCUGAUUUACACGACGGGACACGGCUGGACUCGCCCUCGCUGUUGGCAUCACUGGGACAGAGGUUUGUUGUGGCAGGAUACAAAAGACGUCAGACGCCAUAUCCGGCGGUAUUCGACCGGCCGGGAUUCAUCGUCCCAGCGAGGAUUUCCAACGAAAUUUUAAGUUAUAGAAUAAACACUCAGGCCACCGAUGAUUUCAUGAACAAUAACUUUAAGUUUUAUGAAAAUGACUUGCUAUUUAAAAAUACCGACGCUUUCUAUUGUUCAUUUUACGCAGCUAUGUGUCAAAUUUGGAUGCCCUUGAAUAAAACUAAAUCCAUAGUAAUGGUAGCAGGUCAUAGGUAUAACUUGGGGAGGUGCUCUGUAGAAAGUUGGACUAAGCUCAAUGAACAGCUGUGGAAACUGUUUAAGCAGAACAACGACCCAGUCAGAGUAGAUCACAAACAUAUUAUUGCUGGCGCCAGUCGUUACGACUAUGAAUAUUUAAAGCAUUACACAGGAUUAAAGCAUUCAAUACAACUCAUUAGCAGUUUCAGCGGAUUUUACACUGACGGUAAUAAAUUCAAUCCUACUGAACCAGAAAUAUUAUUUGUGUCAUAUGGUGCGAUGUUUGCUGAUAUCACAGUAAAUGUCGUUGAAAUACGUAAGAAAUACCCACGAUAUCAGCUAAGUGACCUCGUUAAACACAAAGCCAUCAUAUUUGUACCUUACUCUGUAAUGUCUUUCAAACUGACUGAGUUCUAUUCGCUGAAUAUUCCACUAUUCGUGCCAAGCGCAAAAUACUUCAAAACCAACGGUAAUUUUGGAUCUGAUCGUACUAGCACCACGGCGCCUUACUGCGACAACGACCCUGACCUUUGGUGGAAGAUGCCAAGUCACCCCUCCAGCCCGCACUCUUACAAUCCGAACGCUGAAUAUGCUCAAGACCCGGAAGCUGAGAUGUACUGGCUACAGUUUAGCGACUUUUAUGAGUGGCCACAUAUACAAUACUUUGAUGAUGGUAGCGAUCUCAAUAGAAAAUUACAGACUGCUGACUUUCUGGCAAUACAUAAGUUGAUGAAAGCGCAGAAUGAAAUUCGAAAACAAGAGCUUCUUCAGCAAUGGUGCAAACUUAUACCACAUAUCAAGAAACUAUAAUGUGAUUCAAUUACGUGUUACACAAGUAUAGUUGUUUUAAACUGCGUAGCGAAAUCUAGAAACAGACAUCAGACAUCAUGCUAGCUUUUCCUUUUUUAUUUUUGUUUGAAUGACAUUAAAAUGUCUUGCAUA